AGUGGUGCCAUUGUUUCAACUAUUUGGGCAGCUGAGCAUCAUGUGUCUCCUGUGAGUCCUGCAAGUGUUUCACGACUCAGUCAGAGAAUUUGGGACAGAAGGUCGACACACACAGCAGCCAUGGCAGAUGAAGACAUAAAGAAGCCCAGGAAGAGAACUGCCACAAUCUGCGGGUACCCGCUGAGCAUCUUUUUCAUUAUAGUCAAUGAGUUCUGCGAGCGUUUCUCCUACUAUGGCAUGCGAACUGUGCUGGUGUUGUACUUCAAAUACUUCCUGCUUUGGGAUGAAGACUUCGCCACCACCAUCUACCACACAUUUGUGGCUCUCUGCUACCUGACACCCAUCCUGGGAGCUAUUGUGGCGGAUUCGUGGCUCGGCAAAUUCAAGACUAUUGUUUACCUGUCCAUUGUUUACGCAAUAGGACAGGUCGUCAUGGCUGUAAGUGCUAUUAGUGACAUCACAGAUACUAACAAGAAUGGCACCCCUGACAACAUGACCUUCCACAUAGCUUUGUCCAUGCUGGGUCUGAUCCUUAUUGCCUUGGGAACAGGAGGCAUCAAACCCUGUGUGUCUGCCUUUGGAGGAGACCAGUUUCAAGAUCAUCAGGAGAAGCAGAGAAGCACCUUCUUCUCCAUCUUCUACCUGUCCAUUAAUGCUGGAAGUCUGAUCUCCACUCUCACCACGCCCAUGCUCAGAGCUCACAAAUGUGGCCAGACCCAGCAAGAUUGCUACCCACUGGCCUUUGGUGUCCCUGCCGUCCUCAUGGUGGUAGCGCUGAUUGUGUUCAUUAUUGGAAGUCCUAUGUACACUAAGAAUCCCCCACAGGGCAACAUCAUGGUGAAAUUUGGCAAGUGCGUCGGGUUUGCUGUCAAGAACCGCUUCAGGCAUCGAUCUUCUCAGUACCCUAAGAGAGAGCACUGGAUGGACUGGGCUGAGGAGAAAUAUGACAAACUCCUGAUUGCCCAGGUGAAGAUGGUGCUGAAAGUGCUGUUCCUCUACAUCCCUCUGCCAAUGUUCUGGGCUCUCUUUGACCAGCAGGGCUCGAGAUGGACCUUCCAGGCGACCACCAUGAAUGGCAACUUUGGGGCUCUCACAAUCCAGCCUGAUCAGAUGCAGACUGUCAACCCUAUCUUGAUCCUGAUUUUGGUGCCAGUCAUGGACAGUGUGGUUUACCCUCUGAUUUCCAAGUGCUUUAAUUUCACUCCCUUAAAGAGGAUGACAGUGGGGAUGUUCUUCGCUGCCCUCGCAUUUGUAGCUGCUGCCCUGGUCCAGAUACAGAUUGAUAAAACCCUGCCUGACUUCCCAUCAAGUACACAAGGCCAAGUGAAGUUCAUCAACAUGGUUAACAGCAAACUAGAAAUCCAAGCGGACAACCACAAGAUUAACUUGGGAGCUUUUGAGGCCAGUGAGGAUUACCUGACCUUUAAUAACAAGUUUUUCCUGUUUCUGGGGCCUGAGCAAAACCAUACCGUAACGUUAGAUAAUGGCACUCGAAAUACCAUCGCGAUCACUGAGGGAUCCCAGCUCGAGUAUGAAAAGUUCAAUGACAUCACCUCAAAGCCGGAAAAGGGUGCUAAUGCUAUCAGAUUUUUGAACGGAUUUGGCUCAUUUUUGAAUAUCACCGUGCGUGACAAGGUGUUCAACUUUACCAGCAACAUGUCACAAUAUCUUAAUAUUUCACAGGGAAAUGCUAAGUACAUCAUCAAGGAUAACAAUGGAAAUGUGUGCGACUACACUCAAGAGCUGGGCUUUGGCAGCUCUUACACCUUGAUCAUCCCGCCAACUUUCAGAUUUGGAGACGCGUGCUCGGAAAACAUCGCAUCAGUGAUGGACAUGGAGCCUAACUCUUUCCACAUGGCCUGGCAGAUUCCUCAGUACUUCCUCAUGACUUCAGGAGAGGUGGUCUUCUCUGUCACAGGCCUUGAGUUCUCCUACUCACAGGCACCCAGCAACAUGAAGGCUGUGCUGCAGGCUGGCUGGCUGUUAACCGUUGCUGUGGGUAACAUCAUUGUGCUUAUUGUUGCUGAGGCUGCAAAACUCCCAGAUCAGUGGGCCGAGUACAUUCUCUUCGCCUCACUGCUGGUGUUGGUGUGCAUCAUCUUUGCCAUCAUGGGCUAUUUUUACACCUACAUUGACCCAGCCAAGAUAGAGGCUCAGUUUGCCGAAUUGGACCCUGAGAAGAAGGAGAAGAUGAAGAACUUGGAGAUGCCUAGGAAGGGCUCAGUUGAGGGCCACAAAGAGGAGAGGAGGAGUUCUGAUUCCAGCUGUGAUGAUGAAAGCAGACAGACCAAGAUCUAAAGCUCUAAAGGAACCCUCUUGCCAUACAUGAAUGCUGCUGGAUCCUGCCCGCCACGUCUGAGUGCCUGUGCUAUUUUGGUCAUUUUGUGAGAGAAUUUCAGCUCACAGCUGGACAUGUAGUAGUUGAACUGAGUGAAAUGGUGCUGAAUAGCACAGAAGUAGCUUUGAUUGUAAUAAGCUCUUGGUGGAUUAUGUUAGUGAAGGAU